UUGAUUAAGGAAAUAAACCAGUUGGGCACCUGCAUGAUUCCGAUUUCGUCGUGAAAACACUGUGGCCUAUCCUUUCUCAAGACAUCUCAAGUUACAAAUAUCAGGUUCAAACAUGUCAAUAUAUACCGUCUGGUGUGAAUAUCAUGUCAUUCAGUUGUUCAUCUACCCAGGACAUGCAUGUUGCUUUGCUUAUCGCCUGACACACAUUGGAAUAGUUAACUUGAACGGUUACUGAUAAUCUCAUGUAAUGGCGGCGACAAAAAUCCUCAUUGUUUUCACCAUCUCUUGGACAUUGAAAUUUGAUGUUAUUAUUUCUUCAGCAGUUAACUGGCCGCUUGGUGCCUACACUCUGCCAAAACCCAAGUCAGGAUGCCCUCAUACCAGAAGAGGCACAUGGCAAGAAUCAUGGCGUUAUCAAGAUUUAGAGAAUGACGCCCGACAGGGCAGCAAAUUCUCGUCCAGUUUUAACAUGGACGCAGAAAUGAGAAAGAAUGAUAUAAAAAGAAAAUUUUGCACGAUUUCUAACGCAGAUGAAGUACAGGAACCAUGGCCAAAUGGUUCUUACUGCAUCUACAGGAACUCAAACUACUGUCCACCAAACAUGACGAAGGGUUUCAUACAUUGGUUCGAUGAGCAGACUAACAAUAAAAAUAAAUAUCAUCGGUAUUUAACUCUUCCUGAUGGCAUGUACUUUGGUCCAUCAACGAGAAUGCUUUAUUGCUGUCACACAAAAGGAAAAUGGCACAAAUCUAUUCAACUGCCAACGAAAAAGCCAUUCUAUCUGUUACCGUACGGAUCACAAAAAUGUCAGCGUGUGGUUGGGGCUGUCAGCUCUUUGGAAUAUAUCGUAUAUGACACUGAGGAUAAGAACAACUAUGAUGAAUUCAGUGGACAUCAUGUUUUUACAGAUAAAUCGAAGAGUUUGCCUAAAGUAUAUUAUUGCUAUUAUGAAGGUUGCCAACACAAAUUGAGGGAUCAAAGUGGAUCAUUUUCAUCGCCAAACUUUUUGAACAAUUCCUAUCCCGAUUUUCAGUUCUGUUCCUGGUCAAUAAAAGUGAAUAAGCCUCAAAAAAUCUUACUGAGUUUUCAAAAACUCUUUGUUCCCAACUGCAAAGAAAAUUCCCUCGAUAUUUAUGAAGGGAAAAGCGCAAAGGAAACAGCACUUUUAGCAAGGUUUUGUGGAGAGAAUGCUACUUCAGGAGCUUGGGUGAAAUCUGUGACCAAUCGCGUUUUCAUUGUCCUCAAAUCUGGCAACAAUACUGGCGCGAAAUGCGUCAUUCAGGAUUUGAAGAAACGUUUGGAAUUUCACGCGAAAUACGAAGCAAUACAAGAAACUAAUCCAACGACUGCAUCUAGAAAAUCAUCAAAAGCAUACUCAAGUACAAAGACAUCGUUAACCACGCCAAUCACUGCAGAAAUAAGAACUCCCGCAGCAACAAAAGAAAUUUUGAUGAAGACUAAUUCAGUUUUCAUUGCUACAUCUAAAUCAAUGCCGACUACAACGACUACAACCAGAAAAUCAUCAAAUAUGAUUGAAUACCUAAGUACAGAAACAUCGUUAACUACACCAGUCAGUACGGGUAUAAAACCUCCAGGAGAAGCCAAAGAAAUCUUAACGAAGAAUAAGGUUGUAAUUGCUACACCUAAACCAUUGUCAACUACAGAGUUUUCAACGCCUUAUACGUACAAAACAGGGUUGGUGGAAGCACAACAUUCCAGCAAUGAAAUCUCGAUUAUUCAUAUGAUAAUAGGCCUGCCAGUCAUUGCAGCCUUGAUACUCUUGGUGGUUGUUGGAACAAUAUUUUACUGGAGAAGGCACAAAAAGAAAGACACCGCUCCAAUAAAUGACAAAAAUGGGACAAGAGUAUGAAACAGGUGUACCGUAGAAAACGUAGGGUCGUAUUGAACGCACCAUGAAAGUAGACAUUCAAACGUAUUCCUGCAUGGGUACGUGAUGCAGCGAACUUAACGAUGUCAUUUCUAUCAUCCACAAAGCCAAAGGCUCUAUCAUCAUCGUGAAUAUAGCGCAUAGAAGCGAACUCCACAAUAUCAACCCUAUAUAUAGCUACGUAUAUUAGCUAUGACAGGACAGACGAGGCUGACGAGCAAUGAAAAUCAUUGUCGCCAAUCCUGGCCACAGAGAGAGGGUCGUCGCAUUUAGAAAAAUGUUUCAACAAGUUAAUUAGAGGCAAGCCAUACAAGGAAGGAUUCUCUGUUUCAAAUAUUUAUCAGUAACCUUCAUUCACAUUGCAAAGUAAUCAAUUUAUACCUAAUUAUCAGUAAAAUAUUUAAUUGUAACAGGAAAUCGAUUAUAUUUAUAAAUAAUGUAGUGAGUGAUUGGUAAAUUCAUCA